AUGACUGCUUUGCUGGGUCUCGCCCUGCUGACUGCAGCCUUUUCCAGCCCCACCCUGGCUUUUGUCCCCAUCGGAGGUGGGGUCUCCACUCACGUCAGCAUUUCUGGAACGGCGCUGCUGCAGAAAGUGACCGAGGCUUGUCAGGCGGUGGCUGCGGCAAACGGCCACGAGUUCAAACCCACGGGUUCGUCUCCCGAGGAGCUGGUCCAGGCCUGUCUCGGACCCUCGGCCACGGGGGAAGUGUCCGGGGCCAAGUUCCACACAGCUCUUCAAGAAAUCUACACCCAGAAUGGUCUGGUGGACCGCGACUUUAUCAACAGUGCUCCACAUCACUUCAACUCUGAGGCGUUCCAUGAAGGACGAUCCCUGAUCACCGAGGGCCUGGUGGCCAUCAAGGCCAACAUUCGCAAGGAGAACUUCAAGGCUGCCAGAGAGAAUCUGGGAAGAGUCCUUCACACUCUGCAGGAUUUCUACAGCCACAGUAACUGGGUGGAGCUGGGCUACACGGAGCCAUACGCCAACCUCAUCCGGCCAGACCUCCCUCUGGAAAACCUGGCAGAUAUUGAUACCGCUACCUGCAUCGACUGCCAGUCUGGAUCCUGCGUUAAUCCAAUCCUCCCCAACAUCCUGUUGGAGAAGAAACUCACAUCGGGUUACAUGGGAAUUUUCUCUCCUGCCAAGCCUGCAGGAAAGUGCAGCCACGGAGGCGCAGCUGAUCUCACCAGCACCAGAAUUCCCAAAUCAGUCCUGCACAAAGAUGAACCUGGCAAAGACAGCGCUUUCUUCCACAAUACAGCCGUGAAUGUCGCCACAGCUGCGAGCCUCCAGCUGCUGGAGGACAUCCGCUUGGCUGCAGGGGACAAUGACUUUCUGAGAAUGAUGGGGAUCGCCCGCUCGUCGGUUGUGUGCUUUGUCAUCGACACCACCGGCAGUAUGGCAGACGACAUCAACGAAGCCAGAGAAGUCGUCUAUGAAAUUAUUGACAGCAAGAAAGGAACUCAGGACGAGCCCUCUGAGUACAUCCUGGUUCCCUUUAACGACCCAGCUUUCGGUCCAAUGAUAAGGACGACAGAUGCUGACAAAAUGAAAACUGAAAUCUCUAAACUCAAGGCUAACGGUGGUGGUGACCUACCCGAGAUGUGCCUGUCAGGACUUCAGUUGGCUCUCACUGGUUCCCCUUCGUCGUCCCACAUUUAUGUUUUCACUGAUGCAACAGCCAAAGAUAUCGCACUCAAGGACACGAUUGUAGCUCUCAUCAGGAGCACCAAGUCAACAGUGUCAUUCUUCAUGACCGGCGGCACCAAGAGGCGUCGUCGGUCCGUUGGGAAAGCAAGUUUCAAUGACUACAAAGACUUGGCCCUCGCUUCUGGAGGUCAGGCUAUUCAGGUGUCCAAGAAACAGCUUCCGCAGGCCACAGACGUCAUCUUGGACACAUCAACAUCUGCUCUGGUAACAAUUCUGCAGCGAGCAAGGACCCCUGGGAAAACAGAGACCUUCCCCUUUGUGUUGGACGACUCUCUGAAAAACGUCACACUCUACAUCACAGGAAGCUCCAUAACUUUCACCCUGACCAACCCAUCGGGUGUUACCCAGAAACAGAAUCAGGCCAGCGGUGCCCUGGGGACUAUUCGGUCUGUGGGCAAUCUGUGGAGAAUUUCUCUCAACUCUAACAAGGAGGCGGGAGAAUGGCAGAUCAACAUCGUCACCUCGGCACCAUACACAAUCAAAGUCACAGGCCAGAGUACCAUCACUUUCAUCUAUGACUUUGUGGAAAAGUUUGAUGGACCUCAUCCGGGUUUUGCGGUUCUGAGCGGGCGUCCACAAGCAGGAAGCCCGGCCACCUUGAAGCUCUCAGUUAUGGGUAGAAAAGGUUCCUCCUCUCUGACUAUUGGGGAAGUCGGACUGGUAUUAGUGUCCCGUCCUGAAAAUGUCACGAAGGGCGUGAUGGGAGACAUGGGCAACGGAGACAUCCUGGUGACAGUUGAUGAGGUCCCUCAGGGAGAGUUUGUGGUCCUUCUGAAAGGAGUCGACCAGGUGUCAAACAGCAAAUUCCAGAGGCAGUCAACCACUCAGAUGUCCGUCUCUAAAGUGAACAUCCAGACGACUGUGGACAGCAGCAUGGAGCCUGGAAAGAACUUCGAGGUCCCCUUCAGCGUGAUGACCCAGGGCUCUGGCGGUUCAUACACCAUCGACAUUAGGAACGACCGACGCUUCGCCAUGACCUACCCAACAAAACUCCAGCUGAAGCCUGGACAGUAUGCUAACGGUACGCUGACGAUCAGCCCACCUCAGGACACGCUGUCUGGCACUGACGUCACCGUGACCAUUGAGGCCAAGUCGUCCAGCGGCGCCGACUCCAACUAUGCGGUCCUCAGACUGUCCGUCAUGACCAAGAUUACAGACUUCAUCGGGCCGCGGUGCGACGUGGUCAGCGUUCAAGCUGCUGACUGCCCUGCGGACAUGACCCAGUGCGGACCUUUCCACUGGCAGCUGUCGGCGAACCUCACCGAUGGAAACGGCACCGGGAUCGAGAGCCUGUACCUGCACCAGGGCACUGGAGACUUCACACACUCCGGGCUGAGCGCUGCCGUCGUCGAGGCGCAGUACAACGCCUCCUGCUGCUCGCAGGUCGUUGAGCUCAUUGCCACAGAUCAAAUCGGAAAUGUGGGGAAGUGCUAUCACUCUAUAGCGCGUUCGGGCGGGCCGCCGUCCCUCACGCUGUCGCUGCCGCUGUGGCUUUGCCUCCUGGUUUCCGCCUUGGCAUUGAGGCUUUGA